AUGUCGAAAAAUCUUCUUCAUGAAGAAUACUGGACAAACACCAGCGUCGAGGACUGGUCGAUCGAAUCCUUUGAUGUUAAUUGGAUCCAACAAAAACCACGCUUGCAUCAUAGGUCAGCUCAAGCUCACGCUUCACUGGGUAAUGAGUUAAGCAUACUCGCGAGGAGUUCAGAUCAAAGGAUAGCGAAUAAAGCACAAGCGUUACAAAAGCAAAUAAAGGUCAAUAUCAAGAAAACUCUUGUCGAUAAUAUCAGCGAAUCUGAAAGAAAAAAAAAAGAAACACGUGAUAUAAACUGUUUGGAGAAAAAAAGCAAGUGCGACGAUACCAAUGGAGAAGCAAGUAAUAAUAGUAUGGACGAUACCAACGGAGAAGCAAGUAAUAAUAGUAUGGAAGAAACCAAGCAUGAAGAGGUACUGUGCCGAUUUGGAAUUAUGGACCUAACCCCGUCUUCGGAGUUCGUACUAAGAUAUUCAGAUGAGGAUGAUUACAUGCAAGUUCUUAAAGAGACCUUUGAGCCGGUUGAUAAGUUGUUUCCUGAAAGUGCGAUUGAAUUUCUUGAUGUGUUUUUUUCAGAGCAGAAUUGUACCCAUAAACAAUGGGAUAACAAGCUGGAUAGUUUAUUGGAACCGGAGGAAGAUCCAUUUUUGAAAAAGUUGAAGAGACUUAUAUUUGAAACUUUACCAACCUUGCAAAACCAUGAUAUGCUGGAAGAUGAAUUUAUGAAUACGUACAUCCAUCCAGUUCUAAAAAAGGCACUGUGGAGGUUUUCAGAUAUUCGUUAUAUACCGGGAAACAAGGCAAUUCAAGCAUCUGCAUAUAGGAAGUCGAUAAUGAAACAAGACGGGAAUGCAGACCGCUCAGAUGGAAUUGCAUACACCACCAAGAAACAGUAUGAAAUUUGCGUAAUAGAAGGUUCCAGGCCUUAUGUUGUUGAUGACACGAAAGAAAUGUCUGAUUAUGUUCAAAACGCACGAGCAGGAAAAGAUAUAAUAAAUUACACUGUUGUAUCUGAAGUCAAGUUGAAACGAGCACCGCCCCUGCAAUUUAAGGCUUUUAUGGUACAGAUCAUCGGACUAAGUCUUCGAUUUUAUUUUAUGAAUUAUUUGGGAAUAUAUCGGCUUUUUGAAAUUGAAACGUGCGAAAUUCCAACGGAUCUAGAAGAGAUCAAUUUAUUCCCAUCUUCCUUUAAGGCAGUUGUGACUUGGGUG